AUGUACGCUGUGUGUGCUGAGCUCGUGACGGGUCGUGCAUUAGCCAGUCUUCACGCUACGGAUGAAGAAUUCCAAAAUCAUGAUCCAUGUCCCUGCAGGAAAGCGCACGUACACGAGCACAAACCGAGCAUGAGCACGAGCACCAGCACAUGCGACAUUAUCACCGGAAAAGCACGUUCACAUCACGUCACCGUCGAAUUAAGCGAGAGCGAGAAAUUCCAGCUCAAGAGUUCAGAGCUUAACCACACUUCUAUUGCGGACCGGCCCCUAUAUUUUUCACUCCACACCUAUAAAGCGAAGCUUGACCUUUGGGUACUCACUAUCAUAAAGGGCGAACGAACAUACAUGUCUUUCAUCGCGUAUUUAGCGUGUGCUCGUUUCCGGCUAUUACAUGGUGACUACCUCCCGACGUCGAUCCCAUAUCUGUUCGUGGCUGGUGUUUAG